AUGGAUAAAGUAAUUCGAAGGCAACAAAUUCUUUCACUCUACAGAAACAUUCUUAAAGAAUCGUCAAAGUUUUUUGAUGAUAAUGCGAAAAUAUUUUUAAAAAAUCGAACACGAAAGAGAUUUAAAGAGUAUAAGGACGAAACUGACGAAACCAGAAUUGUAAACAAAUUAGCUGAUGCCCAUCAGGCACUAAACAGGCUUAAGAGAGCCAAUGUAUUUGAUGUCAAAUCAGUUACUCGCAUUUUGGAAUUGACAUAUGGAAGGAGGGGACCUAUGAGACAUCAACUGCUUAAG